AUGGCAAACUCGAUCUUGGUAACUCGACGAGGGUUGCUAGGUAUUAUGUUGAUUCUCGCUUUCUUAAAACCAUCAACUGCGCAGAUCAAUGUAAAGCACCCGGCAACCUUAUUCAACGAGCACGUAAGGCUAUACGUAAAUGGCCAGCAAGUGAACUUCGAUGAGUUGGAAAGACGGACAUCACCGUCCGAUGAACAGAUAUACGUGGCGAGUUCCGCAUAUGUGGCAACCAAAACGUUUUUCCUAAGGAGUGCCAUUGCCCGAUACAAAGCUCCACAUCCCGUGAAACCGUACCUGGAAAAGAUCGUUGGCUUCCUUCUGCACAAACUUGCAGAAGAGGGAGGAGACUCAUUUCUGACAUUCGAAUCUGUUCAAAUAUGCAGAGAAUACGUGAAGUCGCUAAAAGGUGUCCUUGACGGUUUCAAGUCGACGCCAACAUUCAAGUGCGAUGUACCACACUAUUAUGAUAGUGUUCUACAGUUUUAUGACGCAACCGUAACGAUAGACAAGAGUACUAUGGACACUUUGAUGCUUAUGUGCCAGCAUAUGUACGUGCAAUGCUCUGAUAAAUUGCAAAAACUAGCUACGAAAAAAGCAGAUGGUCAGCCGGGAGGAAACAUCGUCACCGCUCCACCUAGUUUUCAGGGUAGCAAUGACGCCAGAUGCAGUGAAGAAGCCACUGUGAGCGGUGCUACCAGCUCCGUCAUCGCUGAAGAGCUGCCUUUAAGUUCCCCCCAAACCAUCACCGCCUCACCGUAUGUUAAAGGGUCGUUGGGAGCAUGGAAACCCGGACCAUCGGGAUCUACAGACCAUCACCAUACGUCCGAUGAGAUUUCAGAACCAUCGGACGAUGACCGGCAUCUGAGCCGACAUUCGAGUGUCAGCAUGGAAACCCCAGAACAGCAGGACGACACACUCUCCUACUACUCUGCCCACGGUGAGGCAGGCGAGGAGAAUGCUGCAGACUGGGACAAGUACUUCGACUCGUUUCUGGAGCGCCUCAGAAUAUCUCCAGAGGAUGGUGAGGCAGAGAAUGAAGCCAAUAAACCACUGUCUAGAUGGCAACGGUUACUAAAGUGCCUCCGUAGGCUUAUGUGCAUUUCACGCGGAUCUGGCAAUCAAUGA